ACUCCAUUACACAAAAUCGGAAACGUUACCAAAUGUAUAAAUCAAGCCUUCUUCUUCCGCCCCACACCACACCACACCACACCACAUCAUUGACUUCGAUCAAAUUCAAACUCAAAGGAGGACAAUUUACAAGUGUUUUCUGUUUGGCAAAUGACUCCCACAGCCCUCUUUCUUCCGCAACAAUGCUUCCAGAUCCAUCAACCCUCACUAUCCCACAAACCAGAAACUUCACUUCUUGUUCUCCGCCAAAAAUGGCUCUCAGUCCCAGAACUGAGUUGGUCAGGGUUUCCAGUACCAAUCGACUCGGUUUCCCCAGUCCGGACUUCAAGAUUCCCACUCAGUAGAUGUGUACCGGAGAAGUUGUUCACAGAAUUCGAGCUGAAUCAAACACCAAAUGCAGAACCUGAAGCAACUCAGAUUCUUGACAAAAAGGAGAUGUCUUUUGUAGAUAUUUUGAAGGGAGCAAAUUCAAUUCUGCCUCAAGUUGUCCUUGCUAGUACAAUUUUGGCCCUUGUCUAUCCACCUUCUUUCACAUGGUUUACUAGCAGAUACUAUGCUCCAGCGCUAGGGUUUUUGAUGUUUGCCGUUGGGGUUAAUUCAAGUGAAAAAGACUUUCUUGAAGCAUUCAACAGACCAGCUGCAAUUUUGGCUGGUUAUGUAGGCCAGUUCAUUGUGAAGCCUCUCCUGGGAUGUGCUUUUGGCACCAUUGCCAUGACAAUAUUUGGUCUCCCAACUUCUUUAGGUGCUGGGAUCAUGUUGACUUCUUGUGUUAGUGGGGCCCAGCUCUCAAAUUAUGCUACUUUUCUGACUGACCCCUCAAUGGCGCCUCUAAGCAUUGUGAUGACAUCAUUUUCCACUGCUUCUGCUGUUUUGGUCACCCCAAUCUUAUCACUCUUGCUUAUUGGAAAAAGGUUACCCGUGGAUGUAAAAGGAAUGGUGUCCAGUAUUAUGCAGAUUGUAGUCACACCCAUUGCUGCUGGAUUGCUUCUGAAUAGGUUCUUUCCGCGGAUAUGUAAUGCAAUUCGGCCACUUUUGCCACCACUAUCAGUAUUUGUUACUGCUCUCUGUGUUGGAGCACCACUUGCUAUUAACAUAAAUUCUGUUAUGUCCCCUUUUGGAGCUUCAGUCCUGUUGCUCGUCAUUGCAUUUCAUCUAUCAGCAUUUAUAGCUGGUUAUUCCCUAACAGGACUUGUCUUCCAAAACGCACCUGAUGUGAAAGCACUGCAAAGAACACUAUCCUAUGAGACAGGAAUGCAAAGCAGUCUUCUGGCCCUUGCACUUGCAAAUAGGUUUUUCCAAGAUCCACUUGUGGGUGUGCCUCCUGCAAUCUCUGUUGUAAUCAUGUCCUUAAUGGGCUUUUCUCUUGUCAUGCUGUGGAAUAAGAAAAAGAAUCAAUAGGGGUGGUGAAAAUGGAAGAUCUGCAAGUAAUUCGGGAGGAGUAUAUAUUCUUUCCGUCUGCUGUCCAAGUGUAAAAAGACUUGACAAGAAACUUGCAUGGAGAUUGGGAGGGUGGUGGUUACAGAUGAACAGGUUACAUUUCACUGAAGAUCCAAUAAUUGCUGUUGUAUGCUUGACUCUCUUCCUUUUCUUUUCUUUUCUUUUUUCCCCCUGCAGUAGGUGCCUUUGAGCCUGUGAGUCUCUGUUGCAUGUGCUUGCGUCAAAGUUUUGAUAGUUUUGGUUCAUUCCUGUAUCUUGUAAUGAAAUUUGUAUUGCCUUCGGGUGUUUGAAAUGAUAUGAAUCUAUUAAAAAAUUAAGUAAUAUGUAUCCCAUAUAGUUGAAUAUAUAAUUUGUGCAUAUAUCUA